AUGCUCGCGGCGACCUCAGCAAGACAGGUAGUAAUAUUGUAUGGCUCAGAAACAGGUAACUGUGAAGACCUUGCUCUGUGCCUUGCUACAAAGCUUCGUUAUCAUAAGCUUGACGUUGUUAAAUCGUCUCUGGAUGAUUUCGAUUUGAGAAAAUUAUUGGACAUCAAGUAUCUUGUGGUCAUAUGUUCAACAACGGGUCAAGGUGAAAUCCCGAGGAAUGGAAGAAACUUCUGGAAAUUCAUGAGAAAAAGAAGGCUUCCUGGCGAUUUAUUUUCCAAUUUGGUGUUUACUAGCUUUGGUUUAGGAGACUCGUCUUAUCCAAAAUAUAACUCUGCGAUAAGAAAAGUGCAUGCUAGAUUUUUGCAGCUGGGAGCCAAAGAACUAUGCCCCAGAGGAGAGGGUGAUGAACAAUCCCUCGAAGGUACCGAUGCUUAUUAUUCUGCUUGGGAGUCGCAAUUUCUUACAAGUCUCAAUUCCGCAAUCCACCAAAUUUUCCCUGUACAAAGUAUCCCAGAGAAUGAUCUCCUCCCACCGAUCAACUCGAUCAUAUUUCAUACGAAUCAGGCGAUUACACGAAGCGAAGAUUUUAAGAAGGAAGCUUUAAACAGAUUGCUUUCUGAUAAAACCCAAAAUCCGCCGAAGACCUUUGAGCUAGUCGAAAAUAAGAUAUUAACUACACGCGAUCAUUUUCAAGAAGUUCGCAUGGUAUCCUUUACAGAUCCAACUGCAUCUCUUGACUAUUCUCCGGGAGAUAUAUUGGCUCUUUAUCCGGUGAAUGAUCCAAAGGAUGUGGAUCUACUUAUUGAGCUCCAAAAGUGGUCUAAUAUUGCAGAUUACCCAAUUUCAUUUCAAAAACCAAUAGACCAUCAUGGAAGUGGAAUUGUAAGGAAUCUUACUUUGAGAACCUUAUUGCUGCAUCAUCUAGAUAUCAUGUCAAUUCCAAGACGUUCAUUCUUCUCUCUGGCAUGGCAUUUUGCGGACGAUACAAUGGAGAAAGAUAAAUUGAGGGAAUUUAGCAGGUUAGAAGAAAGUGAACAGUUGUAUGACUACGCCAAUAGACCCAGAAGAUCUAUUCUAGAGGUGAUACAGGAAUUCUCUUCUUUGAAAAUCCCUGUUGAUUAUUUGACGGAACUGAUUCCCACUUUAAAACCAAGGCUCUUUUCGAUCUCUUCGAGACCAGACACCCAAAAAGUGGAUAUAACUGUGGCAAUUGUGGAAUACCGAACUGUUAUUCGUCGUCUGCGAAAGGGUGUUUGCACCAAAUGGAUCAAGCAGUUGGUUCCUGGUGAUCUUAUAAUUGGAUCCAUCAUUGAAAACCAUCUCAACUUUGAGAUAGAGUCGGACACUCCAAUAAUUGCAAUUGCGACAGGAUCCGGAAUUGCCCCAGUCAAGUCCAUGAUUGAAUAUGUCCUUUCGAGAUCCUCCCAAAAAGAAAUAUAUCUUUUUGCUGGCCAUAGAUUCAUGGAUAGGGAUUACUUAUACGGAGAUCUUUGGGAAAGUUUAUGUCAGAAACAUCCGCAGUUCCAUAUAUUCCCCAGCUUUUCAAGACAGGGCUCUGGAUACGUGCAGGAAUCCAUUUACAAACAAAAAGUGCUAGUGAAUAGGCUCGUGGUGUCCAACAAUGGAUUGAUCUUUCUUUGUGGAUCGUCGGGUCGGAUGCCCACCCAGGUAAGACUAACGCUCGAAACCAUUUUCGCCCAGGAGAACUCUUGGACGGAGCAACAGUCAAAAGAGUAUUUGGAAAAGCUCGAGAACAAUAGGAAAUAUAUUCAAGAGACAUGGUAA